AUGAGUCUGGUGGCGUUGUGGCGCGGUACGUACAUCACCGGCUUGAACUCUGCGCUACAUAAGAGGCCUGUGAUGACAACCUACGUGUGCCUUUGUGAGAUCCAUCGCACCACGGCUGCCUUUGCGAACGUCCACAGGAGCACCACCAGUACACCUGAACAAGCUUUGCAGCGACAGAGCCAGUUCCUCACCUGGGACGGCUUCACUUUGACGAUAUAA